UCUUCAUUAUCUUUGGUGAUGUUCACGGUGUUGAAUGAAAUCAAGGUGUUUGUUUUAAAUGAUUGUGAAACAAAGAAAAACAUAUAUACGAAUUAAAUGAGGCUCGAUAGAGUGAGAUUUCUUAACAUUACUCAUGAGUACGGAAGAGACUCUGUUGAAUCUCGAUUUCGACAAACCCAACACAACGAUUACGCCUCCCGAUGACGGCGUGGUUUCUUUAUCAAGUAGUGCUGAAGACAUUUGUUUAGUGCCAGAGGUCGGGUUCGAAGGAAACCUGGAUUCGCCAGGCGUAAACCGUGAGUCGCAGCCACUGCUCGGUGGCCGCGGCGACUUGGACUUGUCGUUCAACCAUUUCCCAGAUGACCCCCAGUUUACGGAGCUGCUAUGGCAGGCGGAGGUAGCCAUUGACAAUGGCAUAUUCCCUGAGAGGAUAUAUCAGGGCUCCAGUGGCUCGUACUUUGUCAAAAAUCCUGGAGGGAAAAUAGUCGGCGUGUUUAAGCCCAAAGAUGAGGAGCCGUACGGGCGGCUCAACCCGAAAUGGACCAAGUGGAUGCACAAGCUGUGCUGUCCGUGCUGCUUCGGCCGGUCCUGCCUCAUACCCAACCAGGGCUACCUGUCAGAGGCCGGCGCUAGCCUCGUCGACUCCAAGAUCGGACUCAAGAUAGUGCCAAAGACGAGAGUGGUGAAGCUAGUGUCGGAGACGUUCAACUACCUGCGCAUAGACCGGGAGCGGUCGCGGCUGAAGCGCGCCAUCACAGAACAGUUCCCGAACCUCAGGUUCAACCGGAUGGGUCUGCCGCCUAAGGUGGGUUCGUUCCAGCUGUUCGUGGAGGGGUAUAAAGACGCGGACUACUGGCUGCGCCGCUUCGAACAGGACCCCCCCUCUGAGCACAUAAUGAGGAAGUUUCAGCUGCAGUUCGAGCGGCUGGUGGUGCUGGACUACAUAAUCCGCAACACGGACCGCGGCAACGACAACUGGCUGAUCAAGUACGACGCGCCCGGACAGGACGUCAGCAUGACCGAUCCCUCGGAGUGGACGGGUAGCUCUGAGGUGUGUAUAGCGGCGAUCGACAACGGGUUGGCGUUCCCGUUCAAGCACCCGGACUCGUGGCGCGCCUACCCCUACCACUGGGCCUGGCUGCCGCAGGCCAAGAAACCCUUCAGCCACGAGACCAAGGAGUUGGUGCUGCCUCUAUUGUCGGAUAUGAACUUCGUGCAGGAACUGUGCGAUGAGCUACAUGUGCUGUUUAAACAAGACAAGGGCUUUGACAAGGGUCUCUUCGAGCGGCAGAUGUCCGUGGUCCGGGGGCAGGUCCUCAACCUGACGCAGGCGCUCAAGGACGGCAAGAGCCCCGUCCAGCUGGUGCAGAUGCCCGCCGUCAUAGUGGAGAGGUCUAAGAGCGGCACGACGUCGUCGCGUUUCUUCGACUCGUUCCAGCAGCGCUUCCAGCACAAGUCGCCCUUCUUCUCCUGGUGGUGAUGCGCACACACACCGACACCUUUGGCGAUAGUUCCACAUUUGUUAUUUAGGAAACAUGUAUGUAUAGCGCAUUUUAAAAUUGUAGUUAAACAAAGAAUUUUAAACUUUAAACAAUACUCAAAUGUUUAAAACACACAUGAUCAUUUAUAUUU